UAUUGCUCUACCCUCCGUGCUUUCGUCAUCCCCAGCUUUCGAACUAAAGAAUUAAACCGAAACCAAUAUCGUACUAGCAGUCCACUCGAUGCUCGAGAUGGAUACCGACACCGAUCGCACUCAUGAACAGGGGAAGCAAACAACGAUGGAGACAAACCGGCGCUUCAUCCAGCCUACCAAAAACCGUUCGAAAGCAAAGACGCCCAGACCCUCAUCCAUCAUCCCGCAGGAGCAAGGAAGGGAGCCGCGGGGCGAGAACCAAACCGUCCCCGUCAUCAGACCCGAAAGCCAGAGUCCUGGGAAGUGUCCAAACGACCACCGGUACACAGACACCAGGUUGGCUCCCACCGCCACUUGGAGUCCCGCCAAGAUGGUUCAUGCUAGGAAGAUGGCUCUAUUCAAUAUGGCCCCUCCACCCGGGUCCCCGGCGACGCCUGAGAAGGGGAAGCGAUUGCGCUCGACGACGCCCGAGCGGCUGCCCCGCCGCGCGGGCGUCGAGUCCGCUCGGGCCACGCGCGAGCCCGACGCCGCGGCGCCUUCGUCGUCGUCGAGCUCCUGCUCCACGAUUCCGGAAAACACGUACCACAGAGACGGCGCGCCCUUUGCGAUACGCGGCAACCUCCACGGCCAGGGUGACCGCAAGAUCGGAGGCGCCGCCGCUCGUCCGCGUGCGAGUGUCCCGUUCAUCUAUGAUGAUGACGACGACGACGACGACUCGUAUGCGACUUCGUCGACCGAUGAGGGUCAACCUGAGGACGAGCGUGAGGAGAGCGUUCUCGCCUGCGACGGCGACGGCGAGGGCGAGGGCGAGGGCGAGAUCCCCGGGCCCAACAGCGAGCCCUCGGGCAGAAACGGCUGGGAUGGCGUGGGGCGUCCUCCUUUCGAUAACUUGUCCAAGGAGGAUGAGGAAAAAGCCGCCAUGGACAUGGAGGGGAAGAUUAGGAACGUGUGGAGGGGACGCGAGGCUGAUGUUGCUUUGAGCGCAUUUACUGGUGAUUACAAAGACCGCGUCAUCACGCUCAUGGCAAGAGGAACGCCGCCGGCUUUCGUCACCGUGCCGGCAGCCCAGUUUCUGGUACGCCAACUGGGAACAGCCUCGUUCAAGCGCUCCUAUGCCUGUCGGCACCCGGCCUGGGCGAGGGCGUACAGCGCCCUCAAUCCCCGGGCACCCCGGGGGAUGCGCAAUUGGAUCCAGCAAGCCAAGACUGGCGAAAGCCAGGAGCCAUUAUACGAAGAGGGAGUGAAGCGGAACAACGGCCGGCAUUGCCCCGUCCCACGCUUCCCUAAAGGAGCCAAAACUGACCGUCAGACACUUUGGGAGUUGACUUUACUCACAAUCCUCUGUCGGGCCCUCGAAUCAGCAAACCCGAGCGGCCGAAAGAAAUCCCGAGUUCAUAAGCAAUCUUUGGGCAAGACCCGCUGGCUCGAAAAUGACCCCAUCAAUGGGUUGGGUCGCGUGAGACCGGCCGAUCGAAACUACGGGAUUCUGCAAAGCUCCCCUGAUUGGGUGAGGUUCCUCAACCACAUACCCGAGGGCAAGCUGGGAGAGCCACCGCGCCCUCCCCAGGGGGCCACAACACCUUCAGCUCCGAGCCCGGGCAUCGAACCCUCGCCGCAGCCUUCAGAGACUUCGCACCGGCCGAAACGCGCCGCCACCAAGCCCUGCGCUAUCGAGGACUGGCCCCAAUCAUGGGGACCCGAGGCGAACGGCGACGACGACGGAGACUGGCGUCCCGAACCUGAGACGCGGGUUUCGGUAUCCUUUCGCGGACAGCCACGCGAUGCCAGUACGUCCGUCGAAGCCCAGCGUUCGUCGCGGACUUUGGCCACGGGGGCGAGUGGCGCUGGCAGGGGCCGUGGCCCAGGGAGUGCGUCUCCAGUCGCAAACGACUCGGCGAGCGACGGCGGCGGUCCCAGUAUCGAGGAGCCUUCGCAGCCCACCCCGCCGGCGACCGAUCCCGACAGCUCCUGUCUUACCGCAGAGGUUUCGACUCCGACACCAAACAACGCAGAGGACCGCGAAGACUCGGGAGUCGACGCUACGGCGCGGCCUCGGGCGGCCGGGUCAAGGCCACAGAGGGGAGCGAGCGAGAAGAGUUACGACGGCUGCACACGACCGCCAACCACGUGCGGCGCUUUGGGAGAGGUGCAAAAGGCGGUGGAAAGGGCACAGAAGCACUCGAAAGAAGCCAUGACUGGCACCGGAAAAAUGGCGUCCGCCGGGGCGAGGAAAGAUUGGGCCAAGCUGGAGCACGCCGUCGGGAACCUGGAGGACCCCAUGGAGAGCACGCAGGCGGCGCUGAAGGAGGCGGUGGGCGCCGCCAAGGCGGCCUGCGGCGGGGACGCCGACGCCGCGCGGUCGGCGCGCAGGGUGGUGAGCCGGCUGGAGGCGGCGCAGGCGCGGUCGAAGGAAGCGCAGGACGCCCAGAACGAGGCGGCCAGGGUGGUCUGGAAGCGGAAGCCCGAGGCGACGCGGCCUGUCACCGUGCGGCUGGUCGAGCUCGUCGAGGGCGUGGACGAGGCUCUGAGGGAGGUGAUGAACGUUCUGGCUGCGGGGCCGAAGCGCAAGGCGGGUGACGACGGGGGUGCUGCCACGAAACGGUCGCGAUCUUCAGCGAGUUGACGAACUGCGUGUAAUUAUCCCUUGCCGGACUGUAUCCCUUGCGGAAUCGACGCGCCCAACUGGGGUCACACACUUGGCCAUCUCCAAUCCGGUGACCUCGUUACUCGCUCGCGCAGGCGUUGCGUCAAUUAAAUGACACCCUGCACGCCAUGGCUUCUAGCAAGCGCAGGGUUGUGUUGAAACCGGGAUGUUGGCAUGUCGAACGACGAUUGGGCUUUGUGGUGCAGAAAGUUUCCACGACAGGAAUUCGGUCUCCAUUUCAGACCAAUGAGGCAAGAGCCCAGAAACAAUCCCCGGCAGAUGAGGAGCCGAGCGAGCAGUUGGUGGGUCGUUGCAGCCUGUCCGAGGGCAAAUUAGCCCACGACAGAUUCCUCAGUGCUUUCCGAUCAAGCCAAUCAAGUCAAGCUCCAGUGUGAAAUGCACUGACCAGCGCAACACCGCCGACCCGAAGCUGCGGUAUCAUGGGGCAAUGACGGGGCCAGGGCGGGUCUCGACCGCGGAAACAUUGCGCGCCAACGCGGACGGAUUUCGAGGACGGGAGGGGUAUUUUGUUUUUCUUCGCGGACGAACGUGGCGGACGAACUUCCGGAAGAUUGCACUGCCCCGAGCUGGCUCGGCGAUUCCUCCUUCCUGCUUGCGGCUAGCGUUGGCGCCAUGGGGGAUUCGGAAGCCCGCUCAAGCGGCAUCCUGUGCGCGUGCGUGCCGAGACACACUUUUCGGCUGGGGCACCCAUAACGAACAACAUCUUUGUCGGACACAUUAUACUUCCCGGCUCCUGCUCCGUCGGGUUGACGUGAAGCCAUUGCUGAUAGCGCCUCACAGCCCCGGGUAUUAAAAGCCCCUGACCUCAGCCAGCGGUGGGUGAGCCUCGGGGACCCGACGGGCAAUCGGCAUCGCCACGAGAAUGAUGUGGCAAAUCAACAACCACCAGGAACAUUGGGAAUAGGGCAGCUCGCUUCUUUGGGGAUAAGGCCAGCAGCUGAAAAAGGAGCUGAAAAAUGGAAAGAAUGGAAUGAGUUGCUUAGCAUAGCACACCGCAAUGGAAUGAAACCCAUAACGGACUUCGAAGAUCCGGCGAUAACGCUGAAAAGACAGUCGAGAGUAAAAAAAAGGAGCAAGAAG